AUGCGCGCUCCGUCUUCCGCACUCGCGGAGAUCGCGCAGCGCGCGUCCGCGACAUCCCCGGCGGCGAUGAGCAGGCGCGACUCCGCGGAGCAAAACUCGAAGCCCGUUUCUCGGUCAGGCACGCCGGAUCCCCGUUUCGACAAAUCCAACGGCGGAGAUGCGCCGAUACCGUUAUACCACAAACCGCGGGGCAAGCGGGAAGGUCUGAUUUACCGGCUCGUGGCGUUACUGCUACAGCUGCGCCUGUCCUCCGCAUCCCUUGUUCUCUCUGUGCUCGCGAUUCUCCUCGUGUGGUUGGCGCUGGUCGGGCGGAGAGGAACCGACGCAAGUCUGAAAUUUGGCGAUAACUUAUUGGCGGGUAGUGAAGGCAUAGAUGUGAGGCCGACCGUCGCAGGAGUCGCAGGCGACGCGGGAGAGAUGAGGUGGAUGGAGGUGGAGCGGCUCGCGAGGGGCGGCGCGCGAGCGCAGGACCGGUUCGGGUUCGGAAGCCUGAAUGGCGCGCGCGGAGGCGACGGGGGGAGCGGAAAUGUUGAAACGUUCGCAACGAGCGGAGAGGAAGGUACAAGUGAGAAGGAUGAGGCGGGCGAGGUGGUCGGGAGUAGCGGCAUUUCUGCGGUUGACUCCGUUGACUUGGUUGACUUCAAAAACUUGGUUGUGCACGCGGCAAUCGAUCUCCCGGACUUUAUCCUCGUCCUUCUGCGGCCGCUGGCUCCAUCUAACUCGCCAAAAUCCGAAUCCGACGUGGCAGCUGGUUACACGGCCGCUGACGUAGCAGCUGCAGCUGGUAAUCGAUCUUCUGAGGAAGCCUCUAGCGAAAUUCUUAGGAACGCGCGGUUCGGCCGGGCUCGAGUGUCGCAGGAGCAGCUGGAGCGGAUAAAGGGGAUGCAGUGCAGCUUCGGGAAAGGCUCGCUGACUGCUCGCACGCGGGUGCUACAGGUGUCGGCUGAUGGGCUCGACGCUACCAACCCGCACCUGCCGCCUGUGCUUGCCAAUGUGACGUGCGUGUUUGGGGCGGAUGGGGGGACAGGGGGGGCUGGCGCAGGAGGAAGCGGCGGCGAGGGGGAAAGGGGCAGUGAGGGGGGAAGUGGCAGUGAGGGGGAAAGUGGCAGUGAGGGGGCGGAGCAGGGGGGGCUGCUGCGAGUGCCUGCGCGGGCUGCUGCUAUGGAGGUGGUGUUCUGCCCUCUGCCUACCUAUGCCGGUGCUGAUGGUGGUACUGCCAACAGCAGCAGCAGCAGCGGCAGCAGCAGCAGGGACGGCACUGGGGUGGGUGCAGCAGGGAAGGUCGCAGAUUUGGCCAUGCGGGCAGUGACUGUGGAGUAUGAGGGGCGGCUGUUCCCGUCUGUAGCGCUCUUUGACCCCAUUGACCCGUUUGACCAGCCCGAGGCCCCUCACGGAUCCAACAGUCAGCAAGAGGGAGGCGAAGGAUCCAGCGGCCAUGACAGCAACGAUGGGAGCCGGAAUGGUGGCAGUGAUAGUGAUGGGGGGAAACCACACUUUGUGUGCAUGUGCACGAUGAUUUUCAACGUGGGAAAGUUUCUGCGCGAGUGGGUGGUAUACCACCACUGGAUGGGCGUGGAUCGAAUCUUCCUGUAUGAUAACAACAGCGAGGACAACACCACAGCUGUCGUCGCCAGCCUGGCGGCGGACGGCGGCGCUCGGCUGGUUAUGGGCACGCCGGCCGGCCAGGCUGCGGCCACGGUGGUGGCAGAGGCGGCAGGACGGAGUGGGGGAAGGGGAGUAGGAGGGUUGGGAGGGCUGGCAGGUGCGGUUGUGGCUGGAGGAGAGGAGGUGGGGGUUGAGAGGGCCCAGUGGUGGGUGCGGGCGGGGUUUGUUGGCUCCACUCGGAACCAAAGCCUGGCCUCCUCCUCCCCCUUCUCAAUCUCCUCCACUUCCAGCUCCUCCUCCUCCUCCGCCCGUCACUCUCGGCCCUCCACCCCAGUGGUAACCCUACACCCAUGGCCGUGGAUCAAGUCGCAGCAGGCGGGGUUCUCCCACUGUGUGCUGCGGGCAGCGCGGCAGUGCGAGUGGGUGGGCUUCAUAGACGUAGAUGAGUUCGUUGCCCCCAAGUUCAUCGCACAUAUCGCUGAGAGAAGGAAGGACCUGGGGGCCGAGGUGAGGGAGAAAGGGGUGUUUAUUCCGCACCUGCUGAGGAGGGUGGUGAGGGCGAGUGAGAGGGAGAUAGAGGAGGUGGUUGCGCGGAAGGUGAGUGGGGAGGGGGGGAUGGGGAAGGGAGGAGGGGAAGGGGGGAAGGGUGGGAGCAGGCGGAGGAGAAUGGCGGGUGGUGGCAGGCGGGAGGGGGGAGGUGGAGGGGAUGGGGAGGAGAGGCGGAUGGGCGGGGGUGUGAGGGAGAGAGAGGGGGAGGAGGUGCGAGGUGUGGCAGGAGCAGCAGAUGUGGCAGGUGCAAGGGAGAGUGGAGGCGUGGGGGGAGGUGUGGGUAGGAGACUGCUUGCUGUUGGUGAGGGUGAGGGUGAGGGUGAGGGUGAGGGUGGGGAGCUGGAAAAUAGGAGCAAAGGGGCGGAGAGCAAAAACGGAGAGAAGGGCGAGAAGGGCAAGAAGAGGGAAGGCGAAAAACGUGAUGGGAAGCAGGCCAAGAAGAACAAGCAGUCGAAGGAAAAGGAAGAGAAGGAGGAGGACGAGGAGGGGAAGAGGAAAGAGAAGGUGGAGAAAGAGAAGAAAAAGAAGAAGAGCAAGAAGGGGUCUGGCUCCACAGAUUCUAAAGGAGAAUGGCAGGAAGGAAGCAGCGACAGCGACAGUAGCAGCGGCAGCGGCAGUGACAGCAGGACAGGAGGCAGCAUGGAGAAUGAGAGCGAGCGAGCAGAGGACGACGUGCGGCCGCUGGGGCAGAUCUCCUUCCCCUGUGUGGACUUCGGCCCCUCAGGCCUCACGGAGCACCCCCAGCAGGGUGUCUCGGUGGGGUACACGUGCCGCGCCCGCAAACCCGACCGCCACAAGUCGUUUGUGCGGCCCGAGGCCGUGGCGGACUCGCUGCUGUGCCUCAUCCACCAGUUUGAGCUGCAUGAGGAGAAAUAUCGAAGUCAAGUGUUUUCGGGGAGGGUGCGACUGGCCAACAUCAACCACUACAAGUUCCAGUUUGUGCUGAGAGACGAGCGGUACCGCAGCCAGGUGUUCUCUGGGAGGGUGCGACUAGCCAACAUCAACCACUACAGGUUCCAGGUGUGGGAUGAGUUCAAGGCCAAGUAUCGGCGGCGAGUGGCGACAUACACUAAGGACUGGAAGGGGGCGAAGCAAAACAGCAACGAUUUGAUACCUGGGCUGGGGACAGUUGCAGUGCAGCCUCCUGAUUGGGCGGGUCGGUUCUGCGAGCGCAACGACAUCGUGUUGAGGGAUUUUGUGAAGCUGGCCUUUGCAGUGGAGGACGGGAAAGGAGGGGAUGGGAGGAACCGGACAUGCUUGGCGGACGCCCGCGAUUGUACUGAGGGGAGAGGCGAGUGUGAUAUAAACGGGGGUAACGGCUACGUGUGUCUGUGCGCGGCGAGCAGGCGGCAUCCGGGCCGCCUCGACUGGUUCGCCUACGACCUCUCCGCGCCUGCGCGCGCGGACGCCCUUCCCCCCGCAUCGGCCGCCUCCGCGUUCUCCGCCGCCUCCGCCGCGGAUUGCGGCGGCAGCAAGGGAACGCGAUGGACGUUCAGCGGAAGCGCCUGUAACGAAUCGCGUCGGAACGCGGAGGGCGCAGGAAGCUCCUGUAGCAGCGGAGGCAGCAGAUUCCGACUGUCAGCAUGUGGACGGUCAGGAUGCGGCGGGCUCUCUGGAUCUAACGGUUACGGAAGGUGGCGCCGGCUGCCGCCCAUCCCGCCGUCCAAUCCGCACGGGUCGCAGCGCUGCCGCCAUUUCUCAGUCGCAGCCAUUCCCGGGUGGGGGCUCGCGAUUGCAGGGGGAGUGGUACUGGGGACGGGAGAGGCGGUCCGCCACGUGUCGCUGUUUGAUUGGCUGGCGGGGCGGUGGGUGCAGGUGCAGCAUGAGGGGUUUUCAGCGCGGUUGGAUCCGGUGGUGGUGUGGGCGGGGGGGAGGCUGUUCGUGGGGGGAGGCGGGGAGAUUGGGGGAAGGUGGAAGGUGGGCGGAAGGGGGAACGUUUGGGGCGCAGGGAUGGGCGGAGUGCAAGGAGAGGGAGGAGUGGAGGGGGAGAGGAUGAGUGUGAAUGUAACAACCGCACUUCACCCCUCCAUCUCCCCCCGCUCCUGCGACGUCAUCCGUGCUGGUAACCGCGUGUACGCGCGUUACCGCCACCGCCUCACCUGCUUCUCCGAUCACCCCACGUCCCCCUCAGCCGCCCCUGCUACAGCCGGUGCUACAGCUGACGCUAUAGCCAGUGCCAGUGGUGCAGGGUGUGUGCUACAGCUCGAUGUGAGGAGUGGGGUGUGGAGUCUCGCCCCCCCAUGCGACCCUAUUCACCGCCUGGCUGCUGCUGGCUUGCUCGCUCUGAUACCAUCAUUGCCUUGUGCACACUCAUGCUCCCCCCAUGCGCUGAUACCACCAUCAGAUUCCAUACACACGCACUACCAUGCCCCCCUGCGGCCGUCACCGUGUGCACGUCACCGGGCAUGUGGCUGGGCGGGCGGCGCUACAGUGGCAGCGGUACAGCAUAGCUUGUCUCUUCUGCUGCUGCAAGGCGAGCCAAACGCCCCUCCCUGCAAACCCCCCUGCACUGCUUGCUCCAAGCGGCAUCAGCGGCAGCUAGAAAACCAGGAAGGCCACGGGAGAAGGGAUGUGUGGCGAGAGGGAGCGUGCGUGUGGGAGAUGGCAGGGGGAGCAGCAGGGGGGGGAGGGGCAGGUGAGAUUCUGUGGGGGGCGCAGUUGAAGCAGGUGGUGGUAGCGGGGGGAAGGCUGUUUGCACUCGUGCUGCUGGUGGACCGAGGCAAGCAUGAGAUGAGGGAGAUGGGCGUGCAUGGGAAGCACGCAGUAUGGUGCAUUGGGUUGGGGUGGUGUAUUGUGCUGCUGGUGGACCGAGGCAAGCAUGAGAUGAGGGAGAUGGGCGUGCAUGGGAAGCUCGCAGGUGUGGUGGGGCCGGGAAUAGAGCUCCCAGGGGAGGCAUAUGUGGCGCAUGCGGUGGGGCUGUGUCUCUAA